ACAUGUUCCUGAUACAAAGCAACCAAAUUAUCGUGUAUGGACGAAUAACUGUUUUCCGCCAUAUUGGUUUCAAAAUUGGUCACCUUCUUUGAAUAUUGGGGAUGAUGAUUUAUGCACUUAUGUGAAAGUAGAAAGUGGAAGCAUGUAUUGGUUUUUAGCUGAAUGUGGAACAGAUACAAAACCAUUUAUAUGUGAAUCAAACACAGCUAUCUGUGAUUCUGGAAUUUCAUAUGAUAUUGAAGGCGAUAAACGGGCACCUACUGGAAUGAGUGGAAUAAUGCAGAAAAACCCCGGAACUGAACAAGAGUGCAUGGAUCAUUGCAAUGGGAAACCUAUCUGCUGGGGUUUUCUAUUUAACCCCACUGUACCUAAGUGUGUGAUGUAUGAUCAGUAUGACGAUCCUUUUAGAACAGAUAAUGACCAGAUUGAUGUAUCCGGUGAAGACCUGUAUAUGAAGCGGUGUGAUUUUGAUUUAAAUGAAGAUACUAAUGACUUGAGUGUGCCAACGUAUGAUGGUUGUGGAUCUGUUGUUAUAAGUGAUUGUGUGGUAUGUGUGCCUACAACGGAGGAAUCAACAACAAAAUAUCAAACAUCAGAAAAAGAAACAACUUCUGUGAAAGUUUCAACUGCAGAUAAGACAACAGAAACAACAUUACCAACAACAACUGAACACUACAUGACAUCUACUGUAGACAAAUCAACGUCUGAUCUGCACUCAACAACAAUUCAGUCCGAAACCAUAUCAGUAGCGAAAACUAACAUUGAUCUAACAACACAGAAGGAAUUUACAACACUUAGCGCAGGUAAAACACCAUACUGUGUCUGCACAUGUAAUAAUGUAACAAACCAAAUGUCAUUGGAAGAACGUAUAAACGAAAUAGUAAAUGAGAUUAAAGUUGACAGAUCAAAAACAUCUUCGUUUACGAGAAAACACACUUCUGCUUGGGAUUCACGAAAAUCGUCUGCUAGUAUUGGAUAUGUAGGCAUUGCAAUAUUGAUUUCGAUUGCUUUCUUGUUAUUGUGUCUAGACAGCUCUUCCAUUAUCUACAAAGUUUUUGCAAACCUCAAGAAAUCGAGUACCAGAAAAUAAAUAUUA